GAAAUGGCUUUAAAUAUUGGCGAUCAAUUCCCUAAUUUCCAGGCUGAAACUAGCCAAGGCAAAAUAGACUUCUAUGAAUGGAUGGAAGAAUCUUGGGCCAUUUUGUUCUCGCAUCCUGCCGAUUAUACCCCAGUUUGCACAACUGAAUUAGCACGUGUCGAACAGCUAUUGCCGGAAUUUAAGAAACGCAACGUUAAACCAAUUGCACUGUCAGUUGAUACCGUUGAUUCGCACAAUGGAUGGAUCGAGGAUAUUAAAGCAUAUGGAAGUAAGUUCUUCAAAAAGCAUAAUUUGAUAUUAGCUUUUAUAAAAAUUUUAUUAUUAUUAGAUCUUUCGUCCUUUGACUAUCCUAUAAUUGCGGAUGAUAAAAGAGAAUUAGCAACACAAUUGAAUAUGCUGGAUAAAGAUGAACUGAAUAAGGAUGGAAUACCGUUAACAUGCCGUGCUGUUUUUAUUGUAGACAAUAACAAGAAACUGCGUUUGUCUCUUUUGUACCCGGCCACUACUGGAAGGAAUUUCGAUGAAAUUCUGAGGGUAAUUGACUCUUUAAAACUGACUUCUACUAAAUCAGUUGCCACUCCUGCUGAUUGGAAGCAAGGUGGCACUUGUAUGAUUUUACCAACCAUUUCGGAGCAAGAAGCUUUAGAUAAAUUCCCCAAUGGAUAUACUACACGUGAUGUGCCCUCGGGUAAGAAAUAUAUUCGCGAAACAGCACAACCAUGA